ACAUUCCCCAUAAUGCACUGGGCGCUGUUCGUUUCCGGUCUUGCGCCGUUUCUGGAGCGGAUUGGAACCCGGAGUCAGGAUUCGCUAAAUGAAGGGUCUUUUGCAAAAAAGGUUGGCAUAAUGGCUGAGCAGACGCCAGAUGAGUUCAUCUGGUGUGAGGACUGUGGCCAGUACCAUGACUCCGAGUGUCCUGAGCUGGGACCCCUGGUGACCGUCCAGGACUCCUUCGUCCUUAGCCGGGCCCGGUCGUCUCUACCAAACAGCCUGGAGAUCCGACAGGUGGCUGACGGCCACGAGGGGGUCUUUGUUCUGCGCCGGCUGGUCAAGAGGACCCGCUUUGGGCCCUUCGAGGCUAAGAGGGUCCCCCACCUGGAGAAGGAAGGAGCCUUCCCUCUUAAGAUCUUCCAGAAGGAUGCCGUGGUGGUGUGUUUUGACUCCAGCAGCGAAGAAGACUGCAACUGGAUGAUGCUGGUGCGACCUGCCACCGACCACAAACACCAGAACCUGACGGCCUACCAGCAGGACGAGGACGUGUACUUCAACACCUCCCAGGAUGUGCUCCCAGGAACAGAGCUGAGGGUCUGGUACGGCGCGUUCUAUGCCAAGAAGAUGGAGAAGCCCAUGCUUAAGCCUCCACUUCAAGCAGCACUUCCCCUAGAGGUGACAGAGACCUCGGAGAAACCUGGAGCCCACAUGCCCCCAGUGGCGGAAGAAAACAAUGCAGGCAACCUGCUGAGUCACGGCAACGAGGUGAAGACGGCAACAGUGCUUCCGGUCGACCCACUCCUGCCCCAAGAGGAGAGCCUGGUUGGCCCGGGUGAGGAGCAGGGCGACCCCCCCACAGCUCAACCGGGCCCCAAGAGAGGGCCGGGCCGGGGGAGGCGAGCUAAGGGACGCAGGCCCGGAGCUACAGCUACCGCCAGCAAAAACAAAGAUGUGAAGCCCUCGGUGGAGAGCUCCAAGCCGGCGGCCCCAGAGGCAGCAGCAGGGAGCAGCAGCCUGCGGAGCACCGCUGACAGCGGGGCCGUCCCCAAGAGACACAAAGCCAGAGAGCACAAGAGGGUGUACCGCUGCUCCCUCUGCAACAAGGUCUUCCAGAACAGCAGCAACCUCAACAGACACAUCCGAUCGCACGGUGAUAAGCUGUUCAAAUGUGAUGAGUGUGACAAGUUGUUCAGCCGCAAGGAGAGUCUAAAGCAGCACAUCUCUUACAAGCACAGCAAGAACAUGCCUGACCAGGACUACAAAUAUAAAUGCAACACGUGUGAGAAAUCCUUUCGCCUGGAAAAUGCCUUAAAGUUCCACAACUGUCGAACAGACGACAAGACGUUCCAGUGCGACAUCUGCUCGCGGUUUUUCUCCACCAACAGUAACCUUUCCAAGCACAAGAAGAAGCACGGCGAGAAGCUCUACUCCUGUGAAAUCUGCAACAAGAUGUUCUACCGCAAAGAUGUGAUGCAGGAGCACCACAGGAGGCACGGUGUGGGACCAAAGCACAUGAAGAGAGAGGAGCUGGAGGCCAACGGAGAAGAGGGGAGCAGGUACAGGAAGGAGCCGUCCCCCUGUCCCAUCUGUGGCAAGGUGUUCUCCUGCAGGAGCAACAUGAACAAGCAUCUGUUGACUCACGGCGAUAAGAAGUACACGUGUGAAAUCUGCGCUCGCAAGUUCUUCCGCGUGGACGUCCUCCGAGAUCACAUUCACGUUCACUUCAAGGACAUCGCCUUAAUGGACGAGCAGGAGAGAGAGGCCUUCAUCAACAAGAUUGGCAUUUCAGCAGACGACAGCGACGAAACGGACGACGACGAUGAAGAGGAAGACGAUCCCGAGCACCACAAGUACAACUGCAAGAAAUGCCAACUGUCAUUUGCGAAGGGCAAAGAGUACCUGAAGCACAUCAUGGAGCAGCACAAGGAGAGGGGCUACGGCUGCGGGAUCUGUAACCGACGCUUCGCACUGAAGGCCACGUACAAUGCUCACCUGGUGAUCCACAGAGAGCAGCUGCCUGACCCUGCAGUGCAGAAGUAUCAUCCAGGGGUGAAGAGCCACGGCUGUGAUAAGUGUGGCAAAUCCUUUGCAAGAAAGGACAUGCUGAAGGAGCACCUGAGGGUUCACGAUGACAUCCGGGACUUCCUGUGUGCAGAGUGCGGGAAAGGCAUGAAGACCAAGCACGCUCUGAGGCACCACAUGAAGCUUCACAAGGGCAUCAAAGAGUACGAGUGCAAGGAGUGUAACCGCAAGUUUGCCCAGAAGGUCAACAUGCUGAAGCACUACAAGAGACAUACGGGUAUAAAGGACUUCAUGUGUGAGCUGUGUGGAAAGACGUUCAGUGAGAGGACGACUCUAGAAACACACAAACUCAUCCACACAGUGGGUAAGACGUGGACGUGUGCGACAUGCGAUAAGAAGUACCUGACGGAGUACAUGCUGCAGAAGCACGUCCACCUCACUCACGAGAAGGUGGAGGCCCAGUCGUGUCACCUCUGCGGGACCAAAGUGUCCACCCGCGCUUCCAUGAACCGACAUCUGCGACGCAAACACCCCGAGGUGGUGUCUGUCAGAAUGGAUGAGUUUGAUGAACUUCAGGAGGCCUCGACAAUCAAUGAUUCGUCUAUCAGCAUUGUGCAGCCCACUCUGAUCCUGGAUAAAGACGGCGUGGCUCAGGAGAGGCCCAGCCGGCCACCCCGACACCCCAAGAAGAAGCAGAGGGUCCCAGCUGAGCCGGAGCUUUCCGAGUCGGACGAAUACGUGGACUUCCCCGAGCCGAGGCACGAGCCCAUGACAGAAUUCAACGCUGUCAUCGUCGGCGACGAGCACGAGACCAGCUCCGCUGUGCAGAGUAUCCAACAGGUGGUGGUCCUGGCCGACCCCGGCACUCCGUCAUCCUCCUCCCCCAGCAGCUCGGUGGGGCUGACCAACAUCACCAGCCACGCCCCAGCGCAGUUCACCAGCCUGCAGCCCGUGGCCGUGGGCCAGCUGACGGCCAGCGACCGGCCCCUCACCCUGGACAACUCCAUCCUCACCGUGACCUUCGACGCCGUCAGCGGCUCGGCCAUGCUCCACAACCGGCCGGCCGAACUCGUCCCGGAGACGGUGGGGCCCGGCGGGGGCGCGGCGCCCCAGUCGGUCGCCCACUUCAUCAACGUCACCACUCUGGUCAACCCUAUGGGCCACCAGCUGGAGGCCCCGACUCUGUCCUGGAGGCCCGUACCGGCGGCUGAAGGCAGCCAGGUCACCCCUGUGGUAGAGGGGGCUCAGAGGGAGAGUCAGGAGGCCCAGAGUCAGGGCCCGGAGCCGGGCCGGCCCAUCCAGAGCCAGCCGCCCACCCCGCAGCAGCAGCAACAUGGCGGCUCUGCGCAGCAGAUGUUCAGCUACUAGAGCAGAGCCCAGAGGUGCUGGUCAC